CAUUCCAACAAUUAAUCCUGGAAUCUACCCAACCAAACAUGACUUCUCCCAUUCAACCCCCUCUUCAUUGUCGACUCCUCUCUGCUCUCUUUGUUUUCAAGAACAACCUCAACCAAGAGUUGAUCAGGAGUGUUCAUGUGUACAAAGUUUGCACGGAGGUUGGGGAGGAGGAGAGGCGGGUGGAGAGGGAGUUCCUCUUUUCACCGACUUCGUGCCUCGAGAUUCACACUCCUUCCUUUGGCCACCAGCUUUUGCCUGGAUCAACGGCUGAUAUCACGAAGUGGAGGCACCAAGAAGGGGAGGCUGUUGGCCUAUGGCUUUGCAUACUUGCUUUUGACGCUGCUAAACCAUCAACCUCCUCCCCAAUUCCUCCAAUUCUCUGCUUUUCAAGAAACCCAAGGUUGAAGUCUGUGCAAUCUCUUGCUAGUGAUCUAAAUAAGGUUUUCCAGUUGAGAGGACUGCAAACACAAAUAUCGGGUUCUUCUAUUCUAGAGAGAACAUUUACAGAUGAAAAUGUUGUCAUAGCCAACUCUCGUAGACAUCAUCAAGACCCUAUAUCUCAUUCUUGUUUCAGUGUCAUGCAACAAUUAUCGAAAGAUAAAGAAAAUGGCAUAAAUUUACCAGAGACUAGCGUAUCUAUAAAAAAGAAACGAGCUGCAACGGAACAUGUGGCAAGCAUUGCUUUGCGAGACCUAGAGAAGUACUUUAAUCUUCCGAUCGCAGAAGCUUCUAAAAAGUUGAAAGUUGGACUUACUGUGUUAAAGAGGAAAUGCAGGGAAUAUGGUAUACUUCGUUGGCCUCAUCGUAAAAUAAAGUCACUUGACACACUCAUUCAUAGUGUCCAGGAGGAGGUCACUCGACAAGAGCUAGAGAACAAAGCCGCUGGAGCUAAAGCUGCAGCAAGGAGGAAACAAAUGCUAGAGAGUGAAAAGAAGUGCAUUGAAACAACACCCUUCAUGGAAUUACAAAGGGAGACUAAGCUGUUCCGUCAAGAUGUUUUCAAGAGAAGGCAUAGAGCCAAAGCUCAAAGCAAGAAAUCAGAUGACAAGCAUUUGAGAUGUUAGAAACAUAUUAUGUACUUUUUCCUUGUUUCUCGUAUUGCUUGAGAUAAGUAGUAAUGGCUUAGUUGAUGCUUAGGUGCGUUUGAUGAUGCUUCUUAGCUGAACAUUGUAAUUCUUUAUAGAACAAUAUAGCUUAGUUGUAAAUGGAUAAAUGGUGUAUCCAAACUCUUUCGACAGUGGGAAUCUGAGAUCAGUUCCCAAUAAGCGAUCCUUUCUUUUUACUUUUUAUUUU